UCGAUCGUAUAACGUCGCAACCUCUUCUCACAAUCAGCACCUCGUUGAUGCGCCCAAAAGAUUACCUUGCCAACUUUGGACUAUUAUUCGGCUUGGGAGACUUUACGCUUGAGUUGCGACUCACAUGCAUUGCGAGGCGGACAUCCACCAAUCUCACCGGGAAAACUGUGUCCAUUCAAUGUGUCAGGAUACCCGCAGACGGUUCUCCACCUCACUUGCUCAUUCUCCAUACGAUUGGCACCGGCAGAGUGCCAGCGCCAGACUGGUUCCUCGGUCACAUCCCGGAUGUGAGGCGCUAUUGGCCAACGCCAAAUGCAUGGUCAUUCCGCGACCACUGCCGCAGACUCCAGAGUCGUCGCAGGCGAACAGGUUGCGGGAGUCGAUGGCGUAUAUUAUGCGUUCACUAGCUUCGCGCUCGAUGACCUCCCUCGCUCCGCGUCGUUCCCCAGCGCCUGUGGGGACGCGUUCACCGCCAAGGUCUCUGGACCCUCGGAACCCAUGUCACGGGAUGGCGGUUGGGUGGACUAUCUCGAUGUAUAGGAGGACCUUGGAGUCGUACGCGUUCCGGCGCUGGAUGAAACUUGGCCUUUUCGACGAGAACGGCGAGACCAUUCGCAGGCCGCCUGGAUGCCCUGAACGUCCUGAACGUCCUUCCUGGUUGAUCAGUGCUGCAUUCUGGUUGAUAAUUGCCACUGUCCUAUACUAUCACCUCCGGGAGGAUUUGACAUUCUUUGCCAACUCGGAACGGGGGUUUAAGGAGGAGAAGAUAUAGUGACCAAUGCAGUUGUUAUUAACGUUAAUAUUAGAAGUGUAGAAAAGAGGUGCUUUGGUAGUGGCCUUUGAUACCGUGAUAGCAAGACUCAG